GAAAUUCAUACACCGAAGGCACAUACACUCAAUCGGUUGAUAAAUUUAUUGAUGAGAAUACUGAUCUUACACCAUUCAGAAAAAGUGAAACAGCUUAUUGGACUUCAAAAUUAGUGAGACAUAUUAAAACUCUUGGAUAUACUUAUCCUGAACUUGAAAAAAAUCUAACACCUGACGAACUUUUACGUAGUAUGCUUAGAUAUUAUCAUCCAAACUUAUACUUGCAAGAUCAUUGGAGGCUUACCUUAAUUGUUCAGAAAAAUAAAGUUGGAUGUCCAUUUCAAAUUCGUGUUUUUCUUGAUUUACCGACCGCGAACGCUUCAACUCCUACUAGCAGUCCAAAUUUUGCUGGCCUUAUGUCAAUUUUUGCUCGUGGUAAAGAGACACAAUGUGCUAAUUGCAAACGCAAUGUUGAGUUGCGUGUACGUGGUAAUGUUGACCUUACUUCAUGUAUGGAAAGGUUAUUUAUUGAUACAAAUCCGGAAUCUACUAGAAGCUUGGAACCCAGACAAAUUACUCUCGUUGCCGUUUUAAAAGAUGGAUGUCGAAUCGGUCUUGAACAAGCUGGAUUAAUUUCUGCGACGUAUUGGAGCAUUAAUGAAGGUUCUGAAUAUAAUCUAGAUCCCGAAAGUUGGGAGUAUAAAUUAAGGGGACAAGUUUAUCCUCCGAAAACGAGCCAGUAA